CUCCAUCUCCCAUUCUCAGAAAAAUCUUGCUUCUUCUCUACAAUUACAUCCACCACAUCUCUAGAAACCAAAGAAAUACUAAGAAAUCAAGAAAAAAUGGAAAGCAAUCAAGAAUCUUUCUGGCAGUUCAGUGAUCAACUAAGACUGCACAACUCAAGCUUUGCGAAUCUCAGCAUCAAUGAUUCAAUUUGGGGAUCAUCUCUCAAUUCAAAGAAGCCUGAAGAGAGGAGAAACUUCGAUAUCAGAGUUGGUGGUAAUCGAAAUGAUUCUACCUUUCCUUCUUCUAACAAGAAUAUUGAUUACAAUAAUAAUACUAAACAAGUGCAGCAGCAGAAAAAUGGGGCGGGGUCUGAUUAUCAGAACGGAUUCAAUGAUGCUUGGAAGAUUGCCAGUAAGUUUGGCGGAAUUGGAGAUGGAGGAUCGUCGUUGAUGCAGAAGAAUAUGAAUUUUAAUGUUAAUGGAGGGCUUAACAAAGGUGUUUAUUCAAAGACUGACAACUUCAAACAGAGUAAUACGAAAAUUAUUAACAACAACAGCAAUCACAAGAAGAAUGAAGAAGUUUAUGAAGGAAAAUUCGGAAAGAAAAACAACAAUAAUAAUAAUAAUAAGAACAGUGUCGAUAAGAGAUUCAAGACACUUCCUGCAGCAGAAUCUCUUCCUAGGAAUGAAACUGUUGGUGGGUAUAUCUUUGUCUGCAACAACGAUACCAUGCAAGAGAAUUUGCAAAGGCAGCUCUUCGGUCUUCCUCCAAGAUAUAGAGACUCGGUCAGAGCAAUCACACCUGGACUGCCUCUUUUUCUUUACAACUACUCUACCCACCAACUCCAUGGAAUUUUUGAGGCUUCAAGUUUUGGAGGAACAAACAUUGAUCCAACAGCUUGGGAAGACAAAAAAUGUCAGGGAGAAUCUCGUUUCCCUGCUCAGGUCCGAGUUCUUCUGAGGAAAAUAUGUGAGCCACUAGAAGAAGACUCAUUCAGGCCAGUCCUUCACCACUAUGACGGACCCAAAUUCCGUCUUGAACUCAACAUACCAGAGGCAUUAGCUCUCUUGGACAUAUUUUCCGAGAACAAUCCUUGAAUGUCAGAGAAGCUUACUAUACAAUUUUCUUCCUUUUUUGAACCUUUGAUGCGCUACUAGCAAUUUAGAGUUACGAAGAUGAAAAUCUCCCUAUGUAAAUUAUUUGGAUGGUUUAUAAAUAUUUAAGAUUUCAAUAUAUCGAAACGCUACGAGCAAAAUGAUUGUAAUCACAUAAAAGGAGAUUUUCAGUUGAACAACAUACGUGACUUUAUUCAAUUU